AUGAAGGAGUCCGACCUGCUCAAAAGUACCCCAUCCAUAGGUAAUAAGGAAUACGAUUCAUAUUCUUGGGAAUUACUCGAAGACCAUCCGCUCCGGUCCCAUCCUACUGAAUGUAUUCCUGGCUUGUCCUCCUAUGUGGCUAAGUAUUUGGCUAUAUUAAAAAGACGAUGGACGGAACGCAUAUUCCCAAUAGUCUGCCUAAUUCUGAUGUUCCUGAUUGUAAUUCAGUUUCUGGCGGCGCUGCCGUACGGGCUUACAUACAUCGUUUUCCGUAGUGGAAUCGAGGAGCAGAAGGGCUUUGUUCAAUGGCCUACUGAGUUCAGUCGAGAACCAAGUACCUGUAUUCUUUACAAUCCACAGGCGCGUGAUGCUAUCCAGUAUGCUAUCGAUGCUGGAUGCUCGGGGGUUAAGGUGGAUCUUCAGGCACAGGAGAGUGAGCUUCUCGUGGACAGUCUAGUGUCGGAUCGAGAGGCGCCAGGCACUCUGGGCACGUCUACUGAUGAGACUAGCCCAAUCGGUCUAUUUGAUGAAGACCCAGCACGGCCUUUUACGUUAUUUCUGGAGCUUCACACUUCGGUACAGGCAGCAUGGCCGCAUCUAGUUUCUCAACUCAUGCCGUUGAAACAAAAGGGUUACCUUUCCUAUCGGAAUGGAACACGGGUCGUCCCUCGUCCCGUUACCAUUGUCCUCACAGGUUUAGAGGGCCUAGACUUCGGCGACGUGGUUGGAUCCGACCAUGAUAACAUCCUCGAUAGCAUGAUGUUCGAUACCUCGCUGGAGCAAUUAGUGAAGGAGGAUUACGGUCCUACCUUGAGAGUAACCCAAUCCUCUCGUGGUGUCGGAGGGAGCAAUUCCGCGCAGACUGAGGCGGACACAGAUAACCUCAAACAGUCCCAUGAGUCUUCAUAUCAACUCGUCACUGCGACCGCGAAUUUCACCCGAUCAAUCGGUUUCCCUCGUCGUGGUGGUCGGUUCUCUCCGCAACAGAUCGAGCGUGUGCGCGCCCAAGUGCGCGCCGCUCAUCGGCGCGGUCUUCGCGCGCGAUAUGAGGGGACCUCAGAUUAUCCACCACCAGUGCGACGGAUGAUCUGGCGAAUUUUGGUUCGCGAGGGUGCGGAUAUAAUUGAGAUUGAUGGUAGAGGAUGUGAAAUUCCUUGGUGGAGGCGAUUCUUUGUCACCGGAAGCAUGGAAUGCCGCGGUCGGAAAGGAGAUACCGGUAACGUAUAA